AUGGUGUUUAUAAGUACAUUGCUUUCGUCGUCACUAGGGUCGCGAUUUUCAAAUACUUUAGAGUCACACCAAAUCGAUGAUGACUAUUCGGGACAAUACGAUUUUGAUACGGUGGAACUGUCAUCGUCAUCGUCAUCGUUACCACAGUCUCAACGACAAGUAUCAAGCACAAACUUAAGUUCAGGGUUACUGUCAUAUCCCGACAGGAGGGUCAUCACAGAAACUACAGCGGCAACUGCGACUAUAAAUGCAAGUAAUUUCUCAUCCCCGCCUUCGCCUCCACGACAAUCCUUAGCAUCAACACCUACUCAGCCAUCAAAUUGUGUAGCCGUUGCAGACAUUGACACAAGAUUUCCACCAAGUUCUGCUGUCAUAAACCAGUAUGACCCAUAUGAGGAAGUCCCAUCUUAUGAAGCAUCGCAACGUAUGCAUAAUCAAUCCGCCAAUAGUAACAGCAACAACAUUGCCCAUAAUAAUGAUAAUUAUAUCACAGAAGAUGUUUCGCAUAUUGCUCCCACGACGCAUAUAUACACUCCCAUUCCGUCAUUGCCAAUACCUAUUACAUCAAGCACAACGGGGAUAUCUUAUGGCAAUUCUUACGAUGCACUUAUUAACAAUAACAACAACAAUGGCAAUACUAGUAAUAGAAACAACGAUAACCGUAAUGGGAACAACAGCAGUAAUGGUAAUGCAUCUAAUUCUACAUUACGAGGUGGGAAUAUCAAACGGUCAUCCAUUAAACAGCUAGGUUUAAAGUUUUUGAAUGCACGACAACAUUUUUUACUAGCUUCUUGUCGUGAUGUAUCGUUAAUUCCUCCUUUGAUUGGACUAAUACGUUCCUGGAGAAUGAUCUAUAGCAAUGAUACCAACAAUUACAGCCAGGUUCUUAAUGGGGAUGGAGUAACACUAAUUCGAGGAUCAGAACAUUUCUUGACUGGACUUUGGUGUAUUGUUGCUGGUUAUUUAUCAUAUUCUAUAUUGGACUCGUUGUUGGUUCGAUGGAUAAUGACAUACCUGACGUCAGCAGCAAUUGUGAGAGUACUUUCAAUGCUGACAAUAAUCAUCACCAUAGAACUAUACUUGAUCAAUACUACAAGUGCUAUUACCGACUAUGGAUUGCAUAUAUGGAUAUUCAUUAGUUGCGUGCUCACAUUCACAUACAUUGUGCAGAAUUUUGUCACAUCAAAUCUAGAGUUGAUCAAUUACUAUAAGCGGACGACGAUCCACAAGCGAGCCAGGUUUUUUGAUUUCUAUAAUAUUGUUGUGUUUGCUGUUGUCCCCGUGGGUUUGGCUAGUUUUGUCACUAUGGUGGGACUAUUGCGAUCUUUGCUAUUAUUAAGAAUCGAAAUUGAUAGCAACAAUAAUGGCAAUGGUAUGAUUAAUCUUGAUGGUGUCUAA